CCCAUGGCGGAGAGGAGCCGCAGGAGGACCCCGCUGCUUCUCCAGUUUCACCCCCUUCGGACUCCAGGAGAACUCGUUUCCCGGUUCUGCGGAAUCGUGCAGGCAUCCCCUGCUGUGGAAUGCCGUUUGGAGCCUUCCUGAGGGAAUAACCUGGAUCCCCCCGCCGGCCAGCCUCAACCAUCGCCCGUUGAAGAAGAGGAAACACCUGCGUACCGGACAGGACUAAAGUCUCCAGGUGAAUCCCGCUGGACCGACCCGGCGGAGCUGCAGGCCCCACACAUGCCUUCUCACCUCCUUGCGUCCGGAGCAUCAUCUUUCUGGCUAAUGCCGUAUUUCCUGCUCAGUGUCUUCCUGCUGCUGUCCUCUGGAGUCCAUGGCCAGGGUCGUCUGAAGCUGACGGUUCUUUCUGAGGACCGGUUGCAGAUGAAGUGGAAGGAGGCGGAUGGACCCGUUCAAGGCUACAAGGUUCGGGUCAGAACAAUGUCAGAAGAGCAACAACCAGAGCUGAUGCUGACCACCACCCGGGGCCGAGCCACCGUGGCAGGACUGGACUCCAGUCAGGAAUACUCCCUCCAAGUCUUUGUUCUGAACGGCACGACAGAGAAGCUUCUGGCAAAAAGGCGAUUCACCUUGGAGGGUCUUCGAGAAGAGGAGAUGAUCCGCAGUGGUAGCCGUGAGAACCGUAGGAAGCUGAUCCCGGGGGGGUCGGGCUCUGGGGACCUGGACGACGCUUCGGCCGUUCUGCUGGACCUGCCAACAGUUCUGUUUCCAGCUCCCACUAUGACCACUGCUGCCACUGUCACGACCGCAGAGCCCUCGGCGACUUCUGAACACCCCGAUGAGACCUCAGAGAAAGGCACCAGGGGGAAGAGGAAGAGGAAGAAAGGAAAGGAGGGGCAUAGUUCCACGGUGGAAAGCAAGGAGGAGCAGGGGAUGAAGCAGGUGAUUCCUCCGGGGAAACCGUACGAGUGUGACAGCGACUUGGCGGCAGACAUCAUGUUGUUGGUAGACGGCUCGUGGAGCAUUGGACGCACCAACUUCAGGCGGGUCAGAGACUUCCUGGAGGGUCUGGUGACACCUUUCAACAUUGGACCAAAUCACAUUCAGAUUGGACUGACCCAGUACAGUGGAGACCCUCGCACAGAGUGGCACCUCAAUAACUUCAUAACCAAAGACCAGCUUUUAGAGGCGGUGAGGAACUUCAGAUAUAAAGGUGGAAACACGUUUACAGGACAGGCACUGCUCCACGUCAUGGAGGAAAACAUGAAGCCUGAGGCAGGGGCUAGAGCCAACGCACCAUUUUUCUUGGUCCUGUUGACUGAUGGGAAGUCUCAGGACGAUGCCAUUGCAGCAGCUAACCGGCUGAAGAAUGCAGGCGUGGAAAUCAUCGCUGUAGGUGUGAAAAACGCCGAUGAAGCUGAAUUGAGACAGGUGGCAUCCGAGCCGGUCGAUCUGAACGUCUACAACGUGAAUGACUUCCCCCUGCUCAGCAAACUGGUGGCUCGGCUGGUUCACAUCCUGUGCGGGAGGAUAAAGGACCGAGGCAUCUCAAAACGACUGGUGCCCGGGCCCACGACAGCACCAACCCUCUCCAUUCCCAGUCCUACUGAUCUGCGGUUUUCCCAGCUUGGAUCCAGACAGGUGAAGCUGCACUGGACCAAUCCAGCCCAGCCGGUCCAGCAGUACAGAGUGGUCUACCACAGCGCUGAGAGUCAGAGUCCGCAGGAGGUGGUGUUAUCAGGCUCUGAGUCCACGGUUCUGCUUGAUGGCCUCUCCUCUCAGACACUGUAUCACGUCUCCAUAUUCCCUGUGUACACCAACAGCGUUGGCUUGGCACUCAGAGGAACUGUUACGACAUUGCCUCUGGCCAUGCCGGCCAACUUGGAAGUGACGCCCUCCUCUUACAGCACUCUGAAAGUCAGCUGGAGUCCGGCUCCCGGUGCCACUCAUUACAUGAUCCUAUACUCAGCACUCAGCGACGGAGAGCCUGAUGACGCUAAGGAGGAGAAAUUCAGCGCAGGGCAGACAGUGGUUGACCUCUCAGGCUUGCUGCCAGAUACGGACUACUCUGUCACACUUUAUGCUCUCUAUGAUGAAGAUCCCAGUGAUCCGGUCACUUCGCUUGCCCGCACAUUACCCCUCCCAGCUCCAGUUGGGAUUCAGUUCCCGAUGGUGACCCACAGUAUGAUAAAGGUGAGCUGGGUCCCUGGUGCUGCGGACGUCCCAGGCCACAGAAUCACCUACAGCACCAACCAUGGCAGCGACAUUAAGCAGAUGGAGGUCAAAGGUCAGAACUCUGUGCUGCUGCAGAGCCUUUCAUCUCUGUCCAGUUACCUGGUGUCAGUCCAGUCUCACUACCCACAAGGCCUGUCUGCCUCACUCACCAGUAACGUCACAACAUUGAAGGUGCCUUCUCCAUCAGACCUCAGGGUGACCAACUUCUCCGGCAGUGAAAUCACGGUGCGCUGGGGGGCAGCAGCAGAUGAUGUGGUCUAUUACCUCAUCAAAUGGAUCUCCUUAAGUGAAGGAGAUCUGAGGCAGCUGAAGGUGAACGGAGACAAUGGAGGGGCGAUCCUGGAGGGCGUGGAGGAGGAUAAAGAAUACCAAAUCUCUCUGUCUGCACUUUAUGGAGAUGGAGCUCAGAGUGAAGCUGUGGCCAUUCGAUACAGUACCUUGUCAGGCGGAGGCCCCUCCUCUGUGUCCGUCUCAGAGGAGACCGCAGUCAGCAUGGUGGUCAGCUGGGUUCCUCCAAACGCUCACGUCCUCCAGUAUCGUGUGUCCUACACGCCGCUGACAGGAGCCGACACCCAGGACAGGACUGUGUCGGUGCCAGGUGGCCGUAAGCGGGUGGUGCUGGAGUCGUUACAGCCAGAUACGCGUUACAGCAUCUUAGUCACCGCCGAGUAUCGCAACAGAGAGGGAGGCAGCAGCUCAGCUCAAGGCAAAACCGCCAGUCUACGUGUGAGCAGCAUCAGCGUGGUCAGGUCAGACCAGUCCAGCAUUUGUCUGUCCUGGAGACCAGUGUCUGCCGUUGACGGAUACCGUGUCGUCAUACAGUCCGUUAAAGACAAGCGAACAAAACAGGAAACUGUGGCUGAAUCCACCAGCAAUUACUGCUUCAACGACCUGGAACCUGAAACGCUGUAUCGCAUCAGCGUGCACUCCCUCCUUGGCUCUGCAGAGGGCGCUGCUGUCUCCAUUCUCCAUCCUACAGCUCCAGCUUCAGCCAGAAUUCCCAUCCCUCCUCGGAUAUAUCCUGUCCGCAAUGAAGUCUGUCCUGAAGUCACCAUCCAGAACAACAUUGUUAAAGGUUAUAACAUGAUGGAGGCGUUUGGUCUGACACAGAAAGCUUACUCGUCGGUGGAGGGGGUGGCGGCCGAGCCCUUCGUCUUUAACACGCUCCCCACCUACACCUUGUACAGAGAUGUGCAGCUGACACAGAGCACCAAGUUUAUUCACCCUGCAGGGUUCUCUCCAGAGCACACCUUCAGCAUCACUUUCCGCCUGCUGCAGGACACGCCGAAGGAGGCCUUUGCUCUCUGGCAGCUCACUGACAACGACUUCCAGCCAAAGAUGGGCGUUGUAGUUGACCCUUCUACCAAACAUCUGAUGUACUUCAGUCUGGACUACAGGGGAGAGGUGCAGGAGCUCACCUUCGAUCAGCCUCAGGUCCACAAGAUCUUCUAUGGAAGUUUUCACAAGAUUCACCUGUCUGUUAGCCAGGUGAGUGUUUCCCUGUCUGUGGACUGUCAGCCUGUUGGUGAAAGGCCAGCCCGGCCUCUGGGAAACCUGCCGACCGAUGGGUUCGAGAUGCUGGGGAAGCUGGUGAAAACCAGAGGACCUAAUAGUGGUUCAGCCCCGUUUCAGCUGCAGUCCUUUGAGAUCAUCUGCAACACCACAUGGGCCUCAGUGGAUACCUGCUGUGACCUGCCCGGAGUGAGGGACGAGGAGAGCUGUCCUGCUCCAGCGUACACCUGUAGCUGUUCCUCCAACAUUCCCGGAGCUCCUGGUCCCCCAGGACCAACUGGGAGACCAGGUCCUCGAGGGGAGAAAGGUGAUAAGGGAGAGCAGGGCCAAAGGGGGGAGAUGGGUCCUGCGGGAAAGGCUGGAUUUGAGGGGGGUCUUGGACCUGCGGGCAGCAUCGGGCCUCGGGGCAUAACAGUCCAAGGCAAAACGGGUCCGCCAGGUGCGAGGGGGGAAAAAGGAGAUCCCGGCCGAACAGGAGCGCAAGGUUUACCUGGACCUCCAGGUCAAAAGGGAGAAGAGGGGAUCCCAGGCCCCAGGGGUAUCAGAGGUGUGGAGGGAAACAUCGGUGCCCCGGGCAUCACUGGAGCAAGGGGUUUCCAAGGACUUCCAGGACACCCAGGACCUGUUGGGGAGAGGGGUCCCUUUGGACCCGUUGGACCAACAGGUCUGCCAGGAAAUAAAGGGGAACGAGGUGAAAAGGGGGAACCUCAGUCAAUGGCCAUGAUCUAUCAGCUGGUAACACAGGCCUGUGAACAGCUAGUACACAAGGAGGUUGUAAAGCUUGAUACGUACAUCAACGAGAUUAGUCGAAAGCCCGUUCCUAUUGAGGAGCCAGUGGGUCCCCCAGGGGAGCCUGGUAUACCGGGGUCCAGGGGCCCACCAGGGGCCAGAGGCAACCAGGGCAAUGUGGGCUCGAGAGGGAGACCUGGGAAGCCUGGUUAUCCAGGAGAGCAGGGACGGAAAGGAGUUCCUGGACAAAAAGGGGAUUCAGGGAGCAAUGUGCAGGGGCCCCCCGGGAUCAAAGGGUUUGCAGGUCCUCCAGGGGAGUCCAAGCCAGGGGACCCGGGUCCAAAAGGAAACGAUGGGAAACCAGGACCACCAGGGGUCCCUGGGCCUCCUGGUCAGCUGGGAGAGGUCGGACCACGGGGCGUGUGCGACAGCAGCGGAGGCUGUCAGAAUGUUAUCCAAGAAACAGAAGAAUCGUAUUACGACUACCAGCAAUGAGAGGAGAAAGCCAGCAGUCACCAUGAUGGGCAUUAACGUGAAAUGAUUGAGGCUCCUUUACAGCAAAGCAAGAGCAACAAGAAGCUUGUUUACCUGUCGUCAUGGUCUGGUCUACGUUCUGUUUAAAGUCUCCUGAGUAAUCUGCCUAAGAUCAAUCAGAGAGCUUUCCAGACAGAAUAACUGUUGUAAAUUUAAAAAAAUCUCAGUCGAAUCAUUUAAGUGCCAUAUUAUACAGUUAGCACUGAAAGCUUUUAUAAAUCUAUUUUUAUGUAUUCGUGCACUGCAUAAAGUACUAAGCUAAGCCUUAGAUUUUAUUCCUGUUUCCAUUUAACCCUAGCUGCCUCAAAGAUAAAUGAAAAGCCAUACUCUGUGCUGUGAAAGGUUCUUUCUUCCACAAUAUAUAAAUAAUGCUGUGAGAGUGCUUAUAUAUGUACAAUAAUUUGUGUACAUUUUAUAGUAUUUGCUGUAUCUUUCUUCAUGUAUAUUGAAUUUUGUCUGAAUACCCCUGUUUACAUUUCUUAUGUUCUGGUUGGCAAAUUUUAUGUGUUUAAAAAUGUUUAAAUGUUAAAUAAAAUCUUGUGUUAUUGUCAAAA